AACUUUUACUUCCUAAAUACACACCGACACACACCGACACACACACACAGACACACACCGCUCUGUGCCGCUGUAACUUGUUUUGUCGCAGAUUUAAACACAGAAAGUUUCUCUGCGUCUGUCAGUGUGUGUGUGUGUCACAAUGUGUGUGUCUGUGUGUGUGUGUCCGUCACUUCUCUGUUUUGGUUCCUGUCUCUGAUAGCGGCAACACUUCGCUGCCUUUAAUUAAUUAGUUAAUGAGCACGUGACUUCAUCCCGGGGCUCGUUAAUUACCGACAGGCUUCUCGCGCCACCGCCGCUCAGCUGGAAGAUUUCCCGGACCACCGGGGGGACCGCCGCCGUUACUCCCGGAGAUUUACAGCCGUGACCGAGCCCUGCCACGGGGCCGUUCAUCAUCUGCUGCGGUGCUAACCGGAGGGUGUGUGUGAGUGUGUGUGCGUCAGCUGCAGGACUGUCACACCUCUCUCUCUCUCUCUUUCUCUCUCUCUCACACACACACACACACACACACACAGACUCGGGGUACCCCCCUCACAGCCCCGCCGGACCCGCCCCCGACUGGCUCAUCCCGACCGGGCAGACACCGAGCAGACCUCCCGGACCUGCUGUCAAUGGCGCCCUUCAUCUCCACCCUCCUCUUCCUCAUCCUGGUGGCGGGCGGCGUUGCACCAGCCGUCAGUCAGUCCAGCAACCCAUCAGAGCCCACGUGCUACGACUGGGGGGUGUCCAGCGAAGGGGCGGUGUCGGUCAUGGAGGGGGAGGCCGGCUGGCUCUCCUGCCCUCUCUUCUCUCACCCCUCCGUCUACAACUACACCUCCUCCCAGAGCGCCGGGCACAACCUCGUCUGGUACCGUGUCCCUGAGGGUCACGAUGUGGAGCAGCCAAUCCCCUACAACAGGAAGGUCAACAGCUCGAGGCUCAGCAGAGACAGAGACAGACUGCUGCUGGAGCCCGCCACCGCCGCCGACACCGGACAGUACAUCUGCAUGCUGCGUAACAAGUCGUCCUGCAGUCAGAUCGCCAUGCAGCUGAAGGUGCUGCGGCCCGACGACGUGGUCCGCAGGCUUGAAUGCGAGCCUCCGGUUGCCAUGGCAGCCAGCGAGGUGAUCAUCCCUUUUCAGGAGGGGAUGGUGCUGGACUGUCCAGACCUAGAGGAAGCACGCAAAAUGGCCGAAGGAGAGCCAACCGUCACCUGGUACCAUGUGAAACUAGGCGGCUCGCGGUGUGACCAGUACCCGUUCCUGGCCAGCAACCGGGAGCAGAGAGGACCCAGCCUGCACAUUCACGUCAUGUACGAGUUCUAUCAGGGUGUUUAUUUCUGCACAGUCGACUACAGGAGGAGAGGCAAAGCCCUCAACUUCACCAGGAGCAUCAACGUCAGCGCAGUCUAUCCGACUGCUUUGCCCAAACUACCCAUCAUCCUCCGCCCGGGGGAAAACCAGGUCAUCAUUGUCGAACAGGGCACCAAAGUGCGUCUGGUGUGCGUAGGUGUGUUCCCCUACCUGAACUCUCCACGGGACAUUUGGUGGACCGUUGAUGGGAAGAAGUUGGAUAAACUCGGUGACCCUCGAUUCAACAACUCUGACAGCGAACUGAAGAACGACCACGGGGACCGCACGUUGGAGAGUGUACUGGUGAUCAAGGACUUUCGGUCUGAAGACCUGAAAAGGGAGUAUAACUGCUCCGUGAGGAACGUGAAGGGCUUUGAGACCCGCAGAGUUCACCUGGAGGAGGAGGUGUGGCUGCCGUCGGUGGAGCUGGGCUGUGGUCUCGGUGUGACUCUGGUCCUCAUGCUGCUCCUCUUCGUGGUUUAUCACGUCUUCUGGUUGGAGCUGCUGCUGCUCUAUCGCUCCUGGUUUGGCACAGACGAGCGGCACACAGAUGAUAAGGAGUAUGACGUGUACAUCUCGUACGCGAGGAACAGCGAGGAGGAGCAGUUUGUUCUGUCGAUGCUGCGCAGCGUCCUGGAGAAUGAGCUGGGAUACUCAGUGUGUAUCUUUGACAGAGACAGUCUGCCGGGAGGGACCAUCACUGAUGAGACUCUGAGUUUUGUGGCUCGUAGCCGUCGCCUCCUGGUGGUCAUUAGCCCCGGCUACGCCUCCCAGGGCUCCCAGGCCCUGCUGGAGCUGCAGGCCGGCAUCGAUGGCAUGGCGAGGGGCGGGCACCUGCGGGUGAUCCUGGUCCAGUACAAGCCAGUCCGGAGGCAGGGCUGGGUCAGGGAGCUGAGGAGGGCCCGGGUGGCCCUGGCUCUGGUCCGCUGGCAGGGAGACAAGUCCAAGGAGCUGACGUCGCGCUUCUGGAAGAGGCUGAGGGUGGAGUUACCUGUGAGGAGGGUCAGCAGCAGAGGGGAGAAGGAGGAGAGCAGUAAGGAAGUGGCUCUGAUGAGGCUGCACAGUCAGAACAGCACAAACUCCCAAACAGGCCUCAUCAGCAACACGAUCAAAGACCCGCAGAAGAUCCUCAACUCUGCAGCGUAGACACGACAGACAUCCGUGGCGUGUUCAGUGUCCACAGAGCUGUCAUCACGUCUUUAUGACUGAGACCACAGGUGACAUGUGUGGACAGCCUUCAUCUACAGAGAUGUUUCUGCCUCUAUUUUCAGUCUGUUUUUAACUCUGGCUGAGUUCAUCUGGUAUCGUCACUGUGCCUGUGACUCAGUUAUGAUGCCAAAACAGUGCCUUAUUAAUUUCAACCUUUCCUGCAAAACCUUCAUUAUAAAACACUCAGCAGCUCAAAAAGCAAAGAGAAGAGGAACGAAUGAAACAGUACAGAAACCUGCGGUGCUUCUCAGAUUAAUUUUUCAUAAACUCAGCUUCAGUAUUAUUCGUCCUCUCAUUAUCAUCAUCGUUACCAUAAAUCAUUUUUCAUCUGCACACUAUCCACUAAUUAUCACUGUGUAUUUCAUAUUACUGUAUCGUCUGUACAGAUUUCAGAGCACUGUGUUAAGUAUGGUUGCACACUGGUGUUUGUUUUGAACCCUGGAGUUAGGGUUGAGCUCCGACUGUUUGUCCACAGCAGCCAAGACAUCUGCCAGUCGAGGCGAAAAUACAUAAAUCUUUCUACACCACGACACAUUUCAUUUUACUCCAUAGACUCAACAGCCUCAAUUGUGCUUAGGUCCACCUGGUUUUUGAGCCAAAGGCUAACAUUAGCAUGCCUUAGCAUGUUUCAUGUUUACCAUGCUAACAGUAGCAUGUUAGCAUGUGUUAUCAGCAUCAGUAUUUCUAUUAUAUAAUACAGUGUUAGAAGAAAGACCAAAGAAUUCAUCCUCAGGGGACCAUGAAUGUCUACUUUUCAAUUGUACUGCAUCUUUAGACCGAAGUUGCAGGUUUACUUAUUUCAGUUCAGUCAGACUUUUCUCUAAGAAAUAUCUCCACCCAGUGGCCAGAAAAAUGUUGGCAUUGUGCGUUUCUGCAGACCGCGCAUAUGUUACACUUGCACGUUAUUUUAUUAUGCAGUGGAUAAGUUGACUCUUUCUGUUUCAGCAGUGCUUGGGGUAAUGUGAAGUUAGGUUUAGGCAGAAAAAGCACUUGGUUAUGGUUUGGAAAAGCUCAUGUUUUAGCUUAAAAUAUACGGUUUGGUGGCACAGUCAUGGCUAGAAAUUGCGUGAGAUUAUCCCCACUGGAAGAAUGGUGAUAGGGUGUUAAAAAAAACACCUGAAAAGUCACUGAGAAAGAGCCAUGGUCUUGAAUAGUGGUCUGAAGCUUGGCAGGCAUCUUGCCUCAGUGACAUGAUCAUCCACCAUCCACCUACAGAUGACAAAAUCAGCUCAUGUACUGCGUCUCUUUAGAAAUGUUGAUAUGAUUCAUAUGAAAAAUGCAAAUAUAAAGUGUCUGUGCAGAAAUGUGAAAGGCCAACAUUUUUUCUGGUGACUGGACUGAGCCUCUGGUGACCAUCAGAGGAGCUGCAUUUAAUACACUUCAACUAUUAGCUGUGGUGGUCCCUAAACUUCUGUUAGAUUUAUUCCAAAAAUAAAGUUGGGUGUCAUCUGCGUAGAAUGACACUCUCAGUAUUGUAUGCAGCAGCCUUCAAAAGCA